AGACUUUGGUCAACAGCGGCAACCAUCCAACCGAUUCCAAGUCAGCACAGAAAGCAUAGCACAGGAAGGCAGGAAGUCAAACUUGUUGCCACUGCGAUUAAAACUUUCAAACAUAAACGGCACACGUACAGUUGGAAAUAUAGGAACUAUUACAUUCUUCUUCACAUUGCCAGCUGGUCUGUAACGAUGGACAAGCUUCGUCGUGUUUUAAGCGGUCAAGAGGACAACGAAGAGUUGGGUCUCACUGACCAGAUCCUUGAUGCCAGCACUCUCAGCUACAGCACCAGGGUGAAAUGGUUCGUCAUAUGCUUUGCAGGAGGCAUCCUGUGCUCGAUACUGGGUACCGCAUUGCUUUUCCUUCCAAAUGGAUUGAAGCUUUUCGCCGUCUUCUACACGCUAGGGAACGUCGCAGCUCUUUCCAGCACCUGCUUCCUGAUGGGACCACUAAAACAGCUGAAGCGCAUGUUCGAUCCAAAAAGACUGAUAGCCACCAUUGUCAUGCUGCUCUGCCUCACCUUAACACUUUGUGCAGUAUUUUGGUGGCAUAAAAAGGGGCUGGCUAUCAUCUUCUGUAUCUUGCAGUUUUUGGCUAUGACAUGGUAUAGCAUCUCUUACAUUCCAUUUGCCCGGGACGCUGUGAUGAAAUGCUUCACAACCUGUGUGUCUUAGGACCCCACGACUGUGAAGACUUGUCCUAAUAUGCAAACUGUAAGAGCAGUGACUGUAAAAUAUACAUCUAUGUUGUUUAUACAUUAUAUCUCCAGAUUUUUACUACGGCUUGUUUCAUACUGUGAAUUCUCGCUUUUUUUUUGGGAAGUUUAGCUUAAGGUCUGUAACUAUAUUCACAUUAUAACCCCUUUUUCCUUUGGUGUGAGAGAAAUGAGUGCCUUUUCAAUUCUUAAUAUAUUUAAAGACAUCCCUAUGUUUGAUAAGAAUUUUAAACUAAAUGAGAACAGGUAAAUUAUGUUGAAUUUACAAUGCAAAGUCCUGUGCAUAAUUAUAUAUAUAUAUACUGUAUAUAUAUCUGUUGACAUUGAACAACCAUUCAUAUUAACAUCCCUUACUGUACUUUUGAAAUGAUUUUCCUACUGCUUGUACACAAACAGAAACAAUCUGUUUUCUGUGCAAAGGUCUGAUGUAUAAAGAGGCUCUCAGAUGCUCUUCCAUGUUUAUAUAUGAUUAUUUUCCCUUAGGCCAAUGAGGAAUUGCUUCACUGAUGAUGCAUUGGGAUAUAUGAUAUCCACAGCUCUUUUGAGGGUUUUCCAGCUAAAGAGAUUAAAAGCGCAGCUCCUGUCUA